GGGAGGACACUUUUCAUUCACUCCCCACAACUUCACCAACUCUUUCUGGACUCGGCACCUCGCUCGGCGGGGAACCCAGAGCUCAACCCUCCAUUCACCAUGACCGGUGCCCGGCAUAGGAAGGCAAAUUCCACGGACAGCCAGCCGCCGGCUGUAGCCAAUGAUGUGCCCAAGAAGAACCCCAAACCCAGCAAAGCGGGGGCGCCCCCCCCGGGGGGUUCAGGGCUCCUCCAUACUCUGCUCUCCAUUGUCCGCUAUGGACUGCUGCUCGCCACGGCCGCCUGUAUAGGAUGGUUGCUCUACUCCCUACUGGAAGAGGUCUCCACCAUCAAUAGUAAGCUACUACACCUCUCCCAACAGAAGGGGGAGCUCGCCGACACUGUCCACAACCUCAACAAGCAGAUCGAUAUUCUUCAAAAAACAGUCGGAAGAGUUGAAUUCAUCUCUAAAGAUAUCCAGGAAAAGCAACAGAGUCAUGACAAUUCCAUCAAAAACAGCGAAAAAGAGCUUGAUGUUGUUGGUGUUGUUCUUAAGAAACUUCAGAAAGACCUGUCAAAUGUUGUACAAGAUGUAAAGGACCAAGGGGAAAGAGAUCUGGUCCUCUUUGACAAUACCAUGAAGGAAAAAUUCACAGAAUUAAAUAAAUCAAUCAAUGACGACAUAGUUGACCUUGCUGAAGUACAGAAGUCAAGCCAGGAAGAGAUAAACAAUGUGAAAGCUUCAAUAGCUUCUUUGGGAGAUGUCGAUUCAAUCACCAAUGAACUUAAGAGGUUAAAAGAACUUUUCUCUGAGUUACAAGCUUCAUUUAGGUCCAAGGAAGAGUCUGUUGACUGGCUGGUGAGCAAUGCAAUUAACAUUGAUACUGUCACCACGAAUGGCAAUGAAAUCUCAGUUCUCAGAAGUCAGCACGACCUUCUGAAAACAAAUGUUGAGGAGCACUUAGCCACAGUAGUGGAGCUGAAGGACAAAAUCUUAGCAGAAAAGUCUGCCAUGAAAACCGAGCUGGACAGAGUUCUUAAAGACUUUGAACAACUUUCAUCUUCUGUUAGAGAAAUAGAAAAUAAUUAUGUAUCAACAAACAACGAUUUGCUUAAGGAAAUUGAAAAUAAUAAAGAUAGUGUUGAGUUGAGGCUGAAACCUCUUGAAAGUACAAUUGAGUACUUGAAUUCUGAAAUAUCUUCUUUGGAAUUAACAACCAGUUUUGAAGAAUACAACAGGAGGUUGAACGCUGUUGAAGAAGCUUUUGCUGGUUUGAAGCACUUAACUUCUGGAAACUCUGAAAGCCCUGAAGCAUCUGAGACCCUGUCAACGCUAAAAGAGUCUCAAGAAGCUUUGUCCCAACAGGUCCAAGAAUUGAGAUCUGCCAUUGUCGACCUUCCAAAUGUUUCCCCAGAUAUUCAGAAAUUACAAGUGGAGGUCACAGGUGCUCUUGAAGGCCUUAAAUAUGACUAUGACCAGUGGAAGAGUAACCUAGGCAAUGCUGGGCAAUCGGACCAAGUAUAUGAGGGUGGCUUGAAAACUUCUAUUACAAAACUGGAAUCUGACUUGAAGAGGUUAAGGGAGGCAGUAGAUAGUUUGAUAGCAUAUUCUGUGAAAAUAGAAACCCAUGACAAAGAUUUGGAAUCUAUUAAAGAGUCUGUAGAAGACCUUAAAGAAAGUACAGAUAAACUGCAAGUAAAAUUUGAACAGAUACAUGAAAAUGUAUAGCCGUGUUCGCGUUGUAAGGAAGAAAAAUGUAGGAUUUUCAAAGUCUAGUUUUUAACUUGUUCUCAUUAAAAUGUUUUUCUGUAUUGUUUUUU